UCCCGUGCUGGGUUAACGGGAUGUCCUGUUUUGGUUUUUGUUCCCCCCUCUGCAGGUGAGAAUGGAGCCCGGGGUCGGCAGCGCCAGCGCGGGGGUGCGUUCCUGGUGACCCAGCGGUGCGUUUCCCCUGGGGAGGAGAGCUCAUCUCCAGGAGCUGUUGAGCAAUUAGCCACGAUGUCAAGUAAGGAGGUGAAGGCAGCAUUAAAGAGUGCUAGAGAAGCAAUACGAAAUAAAGAAUAUAAGGAAGCCUUAAAACAUUGCAAGGCGGUCUUGAAGCAAGAAAAAAAUAACUACAAUGCUUGGGUGUUCAUAGGCCUGGCAGCUGCUGAGUUAGAGCAGCCUGACCAGGCCAGAGCAGCUUACAGGAAGGCUGCUGAGAUUGAACCCAACCAGUUGCUGGCAUGGCAGGGAUUAGCAAAUUUUUAUGAGAAAUCCAAGCAAACAGAUGGCAAAGGAGACUUAGCUGAUGUUUACCAGAAGCUCUUGGAACUUUAUGAAAGUGGUGACAAGCAGAAAUGGUAUGAUGUGUGUAACAAGCUUGUGGAGCUGUAUCAUCAAGAAAAGAAGUACUUAGAGGUGGCUGAAACGUGGCAGAAACUAAUACAGAUGAAAGAGGGGGAAGGUGCAGAAAAGGCAGAGCUUCAUCAGCUGUGGAAGAAGAUGAUCCAGUUACUGAAAGACAGUACACAGAACCGGGAUAAUAAGACUGCGCAGUCGCUUUUGACUGCAUUUGAGCAUGCAGUGAACUCUGCUGACACUGUUCCCAGUGGAGACCACCAAAAUCUUUACAAGGAUUUUAUUCAGUGCUUGUCAAAAUUUUCUCAUGAAACAGCGAGGUUGGAGAAGGCCUGUAAUGACAUGAUGAGUUUGUAUCCUACUGAGACUUACCCUUUAGAAGUACUUUGCUUGCACUUUGUUCAGUCAGGUACUUUGUCAGAAGAGGCCCUGCACUGUUUUUCUAAGCUUUUGGAGAUGGAUGCAAGUAGUGGUCCAGGCAUCAUUGGUUUUGGUAUCAAAUGCCUUCAAGAAAAGAAAUACAAGGAGGCAAUUAAGAGUCUUACUGAAGGUUUGCAGAAGACCAGCCAGUGUCCAGCAGCAUGGCAUUAUUUGGCAGAGGCACAGAUGAAGAUUCACAAACAAAGGGAUGCUGUCCUGUCCUGCAAUCAAGCUCUUGAGGCUCUUGGAACACCUGAGGGUCCCAGUCUUCAGUUGAAGAAUCUUAUCCUUCAGUUGAAAGCAGAGGCUUUGAUUAAAAUGGCAGAUGUUUAUUCUGCAGAAGAAGCCAUUAAAGCACUUGAGCAGAUUGUGGAUGCAAGCAGUGAUCCAGUGGUUUUAGCUCUCAGGGGCCAGGCUUAUCUAAACAAAGGUUUAACGGAUGAAGCUUCAAAGAUUUCACAAGAGCUGCUGCUGUCCCACCCUGAUAUGGCUGAGUCCCAUGCUCUAGAAGGUUGCAUCCAUUAUUCCCAAAAGAACUAUGAACAGGCAGAAAGAAGCUUUCUGAAUGCUAUUGAAAGAAAGGCUGACACUGCAGAGUAUCAUAAGUACCUGGGGCUCACGUACUGGUUCAUGAGUGAUGACACAAAAAAGGACAAAGGAAAAGCACUCACUCAGUUCUUGAAGGCUGCAAAAUUGGACAGCUACUUGGGAAGUGUCUUUUGUUAUUUAGGUAACUACUACAGAGACAUUGCAGGAGACAAAAGUAGAGCUCGUGGUUGCUACAAAAAGGCUUUUGAGCUGGAUGAGACUGAUGAAGAGUCUGGAGAAGCAGCUGUAGACUUAAGCAUGGAACUUGGAGACACGGACACUGCUCUGUCAAUCCUGAACGAGGUAACUGAAAAAGCAGUUACUGGUACAGCAAAAUGGGCCUGGCUUCAUCGUGGACUUUACUACCUGAGAACUGAUCAACCAUCAAAAGCAGUGGCUGAUUUACAGGCAGCUCUCAGAGCUGAUCCAAAGGAUUCCAACUGCUGGGAGUCUCUAGGAGAGGCUUACUUGGGCAGAGGUAGCUAUUCAACAGCUCUGAAAUCCUUCAGGAGAGCAACUGAGCUGAACCCAGGGCUCGUGUACAGCAUUUAUAGAGCUGCAGCAGUUGAGCAGAUUCUAGGCAAAUACGACAAUGCUAUAGCUACCUAUCAACAGAUCUUAAAGAAGACAGAAGACUAUGUGCCUGCACUGAAAGGACUCGGUGAGUGCUAUCUCAUGCUGGCAAAAUCAGCCCUUGGUAACUUCCAUGACAGAAAAGCUGUGGGUUACAUAGAGCAAGCUCUUGAAUUUUUCACAAGGGCAGCAAAGCACCGUCCUGAUGUGUCUUGCCUCUGGAAACUGCUUGGGGAUACCUGUACCAGCGUGCAUGUUAUUUCACCAGCCAAGGUGAAUGUUCAAGUUCUGGGAUCCCUUUUGGGUAAAAAUCCAGACAAACAGAUGCUGAAGAAAAGCGAGUUGCUCGGACUGGGAGGAAGGUGUUACAGCAGAGCUUUGAAACUGAUGCCUUUGCCUAGCAUAUGGUGUGAUCUUGGAAUAAAUUAUUAUCGACAAGCAGAGCACCUCACAGCAGUGGGCACUGACACGAAUGAGAUCAAUGAACUGCUGGAAAAAUCUUUACAGUGUCUCAAAAAAGCUGUGAGGCUUGACAGCAAAAAUCACCUUUAUUGGAAUGCACUUGGUGUGGUUGCUUCCUGUAGUGCUAUUGGGAAUUAUGCUCUUGCUCAACAUUCGUUCAUCAAAUCUGUUCAAGCUGAGCAAAUUAAUGUUGUUGCCUGGACCAACUUGGGGGUUUUGUAUCUGGCAACAGGAAACAUUGAGCAAGCUCAUGAAGCCUUCAAAAUAGCCCAGUCUCUGGAUCCUUCUUACUUACUGUGUUGGCUUGGGCAGGCUUUUGUUGCAGAGGCAGUAGGCAGCUAUGAUACCAUGGAUCUCUUCAGGCACACAACUGAACUCAGCAUGCAUACUGAGGGAGCAAAAGGCUAUGCCCACUGGGUGUGUUCAACACUGCAAGACAGAAGCAACAGAAAUACUGAACUGUAUCUGUACAACAUUGUUCAAAUGAAUGCUAUUCCAGCAGCUCAGGUUGUCUUGAGCAAAUAUACAGAAAGAAAUCCAGACGAUGCGUCUGCUUUCACAAUGCUUGGUUAUUUGAAUGAGUAUCUGCAUCUGAAAAGGCAGGCAGCAGAUGCCUAUGAGAGGGCUGCUGUGUUACUGAAAAACUCUGAGGAUACUGAGAAAUACAACAUAGCAAUGCAAAACUAUGGCAGGUCACUGUGUGCCCUUGGUCAGUGUGAUAAGGCCAUUGAGGUUUACACAUCAAUACCCCUGACUUCCUUUGAUGGCAUCGUGGGGAUUGCAUUAGCCUACUUCAAGAAAGGACUCUUAAAAGAAAGCACCAAAGCCUAUGAAAAAGCCUUGUCUGUUGCUGAGUCUGAACAAGAUAAAGCACAUACCCUGACUGCCUUGGCAAUAAUAGAGUAUAAGCAGAACAGAGUGGAUGCUGCAAAGACCCUCCUGUUUAAAUGCUCAUUAAAGGAGCCAAGCACAGAAAGUCUGAAGGCUUUGUGCACACUAGGACUGGUAAAGCAGGAUGCUACACUUGCAACAGCAGCCCUAAAGGAAUUACUGAAGCAUCAAAAGAGGGAUGAUAACAUUUAUGAUAGGUGCCUUAUCGCGUCUGCUCUUUAUGCUUUGCAAGGUAGAAAUGCAGCAGUCCAGAGAGAAGUCUCCAAAGCAAUACACAGUAACCCUGAUAAUGCUUCUCUCUGGUCUCUGCUGUCUCGAGUAGUUCCACUCUAUGCACCACAAAAGGCAAAAGGGGGAGCUGUGGCAGGAAAUGUUGCUUGUGAACUGGAUGUAAACCUUGGAAAGGAAGUCCUGCUGAAUAUUGCAGUUAACCAGUUGGCAGCAGGAUGUCACAUGUCAGAAGAUGAGAAAAACAACCCUCUGAAAAGUAUUCAGAAGGCAGUCCACCUCUGUCCAGACAAUCCUGCUGCCUGGGCUGUGCUGAUGGCAGCCUGUCAUGCUGAAAACACCCUUGUCUGCCUAAACAACACUCAGCCAAAACGAACGGGUCUGGAGAUGACACUUGUAUCUACAGUUUCAGCCAAAACUGGAGAAAAUAACCUUCCACAAAAUUAUAUCCGGACUCUUGAAGACUGGUGUCUAUGCCAAGCUGUUACCAGUCUGGAGGAGACUGGUAAACUCUCAGAAGCUGAAGCUCUUUGUACCAAGGGUUUAAAAAGCUGCCCUGAGCACCCAGCUCUGUUUCUGCUUUUGAGACAAGUUCAGUGUAAGCAGCUGUUGCAGUCCCACAAAGAACUUCCAGACACCAUCCUGGAGGAGCUUCACAAAACAGUCAUGACCACUUCAACUUCAGUUGCAGCCUGGCAAUGGCUGGCAAAUGUGUAUCGGUCUCAGCGAAUGAUGGUUGGAGCAGAGAUGUGUUACAGGAAGAGUCUGCAGCUGGCGUCGCAGCAGGGCAGCUGGAGUGGGAAGUUAUCCAGUCUGCUCAGGCUAGCUAUGCUCGCCCUGGAAAUCUGCAUGGCUAAUGUCUCAAAUGAACACUGGCCAUCCUUGGUUAAGGAGGCAACAACUGAAGCUUUGAAGCUUUCUUCUUGCCCCGUGGCAGCUCUUCUGCAAGCACUGCUGCAGUAUCAUCACAAAAUGGGAGCAAGGGAGACCCGUCGGAUGCUGGAGAGAGUGGUUUAUCAGCCAGGGAGCCCAGAAACCAUCGUGUCAGUGGCACGCUGGUACCUCCUGCAACACCUGCAUGCCAAAGAUGAUCGUGAAUUAAUCGAUGUGCUUAUACAAAAUGCCAAAGCUAAUGGGGAUGCUAGAACUCUGGAACUAAAUGAGGAAUUGUCAGCAAGUGCCUAGUGUGGACUAUCUCAAGGGAAAAAUCUUCAUGCAACUUAGUCCAUCUUCCAGGAGCAUAUGUGGUCUGGGGUUCUUCAUUUGUUUGUGUCUGACCUUUAUUCUUUUUAGUUGUUGUUAAAUCAAUUGCAACUUUGUCUUUAGUUUUACCUGAACAGAAGUAGGUUAUUGUUGACAUGGGCUCAACCCUAGAAAUACUCUUCAUUUAAAAGGAAAACUCUGUAUUUUUCUGUUGUUUUCCUCUCUUCUACUUCAGUGGUAUUUGCAGUGGGAGUACUUGUCUGUGUUUCUCCUUGGCACACACAGAAGUGCAGUGCUGACUGCAUGGGCAGUGAUGCAAGGUUUUCUUGGCACCAAAUCUCACUGUUUAGGUGGUAGCAAACUUACCUUCCUUCCCAGAUACCCUAAAACACUCACAGGGAUAAAAUGCCUAUAUUCCUCUUGAUAAAUGUCAUUUGCAGUUGAGCCCAAAUCCACUUGGAACUUCAUGUGUGGUGUCAGUUUAUACUUUUUAAGUUUGCUUUUUGUCCUUCUGUUUUAGCUAAUCUUCAUUACAGCAGCAUCUAUGCUUGGCUGCAGGCUUCAGUAAACAUUCCCAUCAAGAAGAGCUUGUGAUGAUCAGGGACAGGGUCAUAUUUAUAAGUGUGUGUAACAGGCUCUAUUUGUGUCUUGGUAGUUCUGUUGCUGACUGCUUAAUUGGAUGAGUCAUGACAGUGGCUCCUAAGACAUGAUGUUAUUUGCCUUUAUGUACAUGAAAAUAAGAAAUAAUAAAGCAAUGAUUCUAAGCUGUUAA